AUGACAGUUAUCAUUGGAUCAUUAUUCCUUCCUUAUACUGUUCAAUUUGAAGUUGAUACUUCAGAUUUAGAAUCAAUUCAAGAAAGUAUUGAAUUAACUUAUUCAAAUGAUACUGAAACAUUAUUACCUUCCCUUUCAAAACAACAAACACCAAUUUCUCCAGUAUUAAGAGGAAGAGAUUUAUAUCAAACAAGAAGUUAUGAACCAAGAGCUGAUACUCUAGAAGGGUUCUUUUAUAAUAGAAGAUCCCAAACUAAUGCUAAACGUCCUCAUACAGAAACAAAUUUAGCUAAUAGUGAAGCAUCUACUCCACUGUAUAUUCAACCAAAAUCAAGAUUUAGUAAAUUUAAAUUAGAAAGUUCAAUUAUUGAAUCCAAAAAACCAACUGAUGAUUCCAUUGGUGUUCCUCCAGGAUUGAAAUUUAAUAGAGCUCUUAGUUCUAAUGCAACUCCUACUAUUGGUACUAUGUCUGCUACAACAACACCAUCAUCUAGUGGUGGUGGUGGUGGUGGUGGUAAUUUACUGCGUAAUAAUUCAACUCCAAAUCUUGUCUCGUUGGCUCCUACAAAUUAUGCUAAAUCAACCAUUGGGAAACAACAACAACUGCAAGGUUUCACUUUACAUAACAAUCACAGUGCCGCUUCUUUAAUAUCUGAAGAAGGUGAUCCUCAGAAUAAUACCAUGUUACCUAUCCAGGUCACCGAUGAGGUUGGUAAUGUCUCCACAUUUGAAAAAAGCUUCAAUGAUAUGGUUCAUGGUAGGAAUGAAAACCGGUUGGCUCCAUUUGGAGGAUUCUCCAAACCGGGUUUAGAAGCAGAUUUAUUAAAUGAAGAUAAUAUUUUUGAAACUGCUCCUUGGACAAUUCAACCUACCGAAAAUGGGAAUGGAUCAUUAACUAAAGCAGUUAAUUUAAGUGUUGAAGCUGGAGUUAAUGGAAUCUCAUCGACUAAAUGGGUAGGUAUCAUUGAUAUGCCAACUGAUGAUGUUCCCAGUCAAGUCAAACAAAAUAUUGCUGAUGAGAUGAGUAAAGAAUAUGAUUGUGAAGUUGUAUAUCCUGAUGAUUUAACGUUUGAUGGUCAUUAUAGAUCAUUCUGUAAACAGAUCUUAUGGCCAACUUUACAUUAUCAAAUCCCUGAUGAUGCUAAAUCAAAAGCAUUUGAAGAACAUUCUUGGCAUCAUUAUGUUUUGAUGAAUCAAUUAAUUGCUAAUAAGAUUGUGGAAACUUAUAAUCGUGAAUGUGGAAAAACUCCCGAGGAAGAAAAUAUGAUUUGGAUUCAUGAUUAUCAUUUAUUAUUAGUACCUAAAUUAGUGAGACAACAAUUACCAAAUGCAAAAAUUGGUCUUUUCCUUCAUGUUUCCUUCCCCUCGUCGGAAGUAUUUAGAUGUUUUGCUCAAAGAAAUGAAUUAUUGGAAGGGAUGUUGGCUGCUAAUUGUAUUUCAUUCCAAACUGAUGAAUAUGUUCGUCAUUUCUUACAAACUUGUAAUCGAUUAUUAUUAGCUGAUACUAAUGAAUAUGGUGGUGUUAAUUAUGAAGGUAAUCUUACUAUUGCCAAUACUAUCCCAAUCGGGAUCGAUGCCAUUGGUCUUGCGGAGAUUGUCGAGAGUGAUCAAGUUAAAGAAUGGCGAGAAUUGAUUAAAGAAAAAUGGAAGAAUAAAAAACUUAUUGUCUGUAGAGAUAAGAUGGAUAAAUUAAGAGGAAUAAGACAUAAAUUAUUAGCUUAUGAAAUGUUUUUACAAAAUAAUCCUCAAUAUAUUGAUUCUACCGUCUUGAUUCAAAUUUGUAUUCGUGGUUCUUCUCAUAUUGAUUCUCAAUAUGAAUCAGAAAUAAUGAAGAUUGUUUCCAGAAUAAAUUCCCUUCCGGAAAACAUUUCCACUGUCCAACCGGUAGUUUUAUUACAACGUGAUAUUGAUUUCGAUCAAUAUUUGGCCUUACAAUGUGAAGCGGAUGUGUUUGUGGUUUCGUCAUUGAGAGAAGGAUUAAACUUGACCUGUCAUGAAUAUAUCGUUGCUACUAGUGAAAAGAAAUCCCCAUUAAUGUUAUCUGAAUUCACCGGUUCUUCCACCUUAUUAUCAUGUAAUGGAAAUGGAGCUAUUUUGAUUAAUCCUUGGGAUUUAAAGAAAUUUUCGGAGGCUUUUGCAUAUAGUCUUACCAUGGCACCGAAGGAAAAAGCAUUCAGAUGGCAAAAUUGUUAUCAUUUCGUCACUACUCGUGAUUCUAAGAGUUGGGUUCAAAAUUGUUUGAAUUGUAUCAAUGAUGCUUGGAAAUUAGAUUCCAAAAAAAGAGUCGGGAGUAUCAAAACCUUCAAUCAAUCAAUAUUUGAAGAUUUCUUAACUCAAGGUAAGAAUGGUAAAAAAUUGAUCUUUUUAGCCGUGGAAAUUACUCCAACUAGUAUCCAUGCCAAUAAAAAUGGUUUUAAACCUACUCCAUCUAGCAUAAAUGGAAAAGUCAACAUUUCUGAACCAGUUCGAUUAGUUGGAUUAUUGGCCAAUUUGGUUGAGAAUCCUGAUACAUAUGUUUAUUUGGUUAGUUUUUGUGAUCGGAAUGAUUUAGAUAUAAUGUUUAAGAGAUAUCCUAAUGUUGGACUAAUUGCUGAAAAUGGAUCAUAUAUAAAAUUAAUUGGAUCCAAGGAAUGGAUUUCAAUUGUUGAUGAAUCAGAAUUAAAAAGUUGGAUGCCACAAGUUGCACAAUUGAUUCAAUCCAAAGUGGAAAGACUUCCAGGAUCUUUUUGUGAGAUUCAGGAUAGUACUAUUCGAUUCCAUGCCGGGAGAUCAUUUGUUGAAGAUAGGCAGAGGAGUUUGGAUGCGAUGGGAGAUCUCAUCCAACAUAUUAAUACCUUGUAUGAGAGUGAUGAAGAUGGUGUUGGUGGUAGUGGGGCUGGAUUACAUGCUACAUUGGUUAGAAAUCUGGUUAUUGUUCAAAAGAAUCAAAUCAAUUUAGAAGCUUUGAGAUAUAUAAUUGAAUAUUAUAAGAAUAAGAAUAGCAAGAAUAGGAAGAAGGGAGUUAGUUCUAUUCUUUAUAGUGGUGGGUUGACCACUAUUGAUGAAGCAAAUUAUGAGUAUAUUAAUCAUUUACAUACAAUUGGAGAGGUGGAGAAUACAUUAACAAUUACGUUAUUGAUGGAAACGGAAAUGAAAACUGAAGCAAUGUAUGGUGUUAGGGGUAUAAAUGAGAUUCUUCGUAUAUUUGCCAGAUCAGCUUUGAAGUAA